CAGUAGCAUGAGCGCAAAAGCAGCCGCAACAAGGAAGCGCUGGCAACACAUAGCAACAUCGCAACGGCAGGCCAACGGUUUCGGCAUGUGUUUCGACGUCGGUGUUUUUUGUCAUCGGCAGCGGGGCCAUGAAAGCGUUGGCGACGUCCGUUAGUGCGCGCGUAGAGUUGUGAGCAUCCCUUUUUCAAUUGUUGCUUUGUGCUGCUGAUGAAAUGGGGAAAAAACGAUUGGCUAUCACUUAUCCAGGGUAUGAGCCAGAGUACGCUCGGUCAAGUAAGUCCAGUGCGCCGCAUGACAGUAAUAUUUAUUACCCACGUUACGAUGCACCCGCUCCGUAUAUCUUUGCUUACUUUGCAGACUCGGUGCCAAAAAAGCGCUUUGCGAUUACUUAUCCCGGACAUGAGCGGAAUGGAAAGCUGACGACGAAGAAAUGCUCCCGAGAUAUCUACCGCCACAGAGAAACAGCGUCGUCAUCGGAAUGUGUAGACAGGCAGUGGAUCUGUAUGAACAGUUUUUGGCAGGCCAAGUGGAGUACGAUUCCGAAAAAAUUCGUCACGCGCUACAUACCUGUCGUCUGGUCGUUCCUGCAAGCCUGCGUCUCGCUAGGUUGCCUUUUCCUGGUCUUCCUCUUCUUUCACCCGCAAUGCCUCGACUCCAGUGAGCUGCAGGUGGAGGCACUUAACCUCACACUUCAGCAGCAUCUUGUCGGCCAGAACAUUGCCAUAAACCGGACAGUGACUGCCAUAGCACGCUAUUUGAAUAGCAGUGAAUCUGCAGCAUCAGUUCCACUUGUGCUUGUGUAUGUUGGCUGCUCCGGGUGUGGAAAGACAUACGCACUGUCACUAAUAGCCAAGCACUAUCCACAUACUGAGACUCUGGUUGCAUCGCACAAGAUAGUACUUGCACGCAAAACAGGAAACGACCUGUUGCACUGGCUGCGGUACUCCUUGUCAUCAUGGCGGCCAAACCUUAUCGUCAUCGAUGAUGUCGACCUUGGGCUUGACACAGUGCGGCCUAGUCCACUGGAUGAUUCAUUUAGCACACAGCUGGAGGCUGUUCUUUCAACUUGGGAGAAGGCAAGAGUGCAGAGAGGUCAAGCAGUGAUCUUCGUUCUGUCACUGAGUGGCGGAGGUAAUGUGGCAGAGGGUUUUGCGUUGAAGCAGAUUGCUGAUGUGCGCAAGCGGGAAACUGCAGAAGACAUUGAAAAGCUUAUUGAGGCUUAUCGUGGCAUGUUUCCGCCGUGGUUAAGGAAUGCAGAAAUUGUGCCUUUCCUGCCCCUGACCAAGGCUCAUGUAAAAGAAUGCCUACUGAGGCAACUGGCAGAGCAAACACCAAAAUCCCGAACCAAAGUACUGGCACUCUCUGGUGGUGUUGACAGUCUAUUGCAAGGAUUUACGUUUUACCCAGUGGACAAUCCUGUCUUCUCAAAAUCCGGCUGCAAGGAAGUGCCUAUCAAGAUUGCUUUGGGUGUACUCUGAAAACUUGACUGUAGCAGGAAUGCUAUGCUGUCAGUGACUGAUAUGAACAGGGAAUGUGCUCAAAGAAAUGCUUGGUGGCAAGUUACUGCAUUUUGAGCAUUCUUGACUGUGAUAAGGGGAAACGGUUGUAGUAGGCCAAAGGUGUACUUUAUCGAUGGUGCCAGUUGCAGCACCACUUUUAUUUAUCUUGGUCUUACAAUAGGUAGAAGAAGGUACAAUAAAAUUUGCACUGCAGAUUACA